GGAGUAUAUUCGGGUGUGAGGAAUCCGGAGGGGGAGGGGGAUGACGCGAUUCGGUCACUGCCUGGGUGAGCUGGACGACGGGCGCCCACCUUCCUUGAGCUUCCUCGCCCCUCCCCCCCACUGCGGCACUUGAUUCCCACUCCAGCGUCUCCAGUCUCUCUCUCCUCUCUCCUCUCCAUCACUUACCUCUUCAUCGCUACCACAUUCAAAAUGGUCAAGGCUAUCGCUGUCCUCAAGGGCGACUCCAAGGUCUCCGGCACCAUCACCUUCACUCAGGACGACAACGGCGGCCCCGUCACCGUCACCGGCAAGAUCGAGGGCCUCGACGCCAACGCCAAGCGCGGCUUCCACGUCCACCAGUUCGGCGACCUCUCGUCGGGCUGCACCUCGGCCGGCGCCCACUUCAACCCCCACGGCAAGAACCACGGCGGCCCCACCGACUCGGAGCGCCACACCGGUGACCUCGGCAACGUCCAGACCGACGGCUCGGGCUCGGCCAACGUCAACAUCCAGGACUCGCAGAUUUCGCUUGUCGGCCCCUACUCGAUCCUCGGCCGUUCGCUCGUCGUCCACGCCGGCGAGGACGACCUCGGCAAGGGCGGCCACGCCGACUCGCUCAAGACUGGUAACGCCGGCGGCCGUGCUGCCUGCGGUGUCAUCGGCAUCUCGGACAACUAAGCUAUUCGUAUGCAGUUGAGAAGGAAUGAGAUGUGAUAUGUUGAAGCUCUGCGUUCUGCACAAGAAGGAGAGGGGAAGAGAGCACUGGGAGAUACAAAAGAGACAACUACAAAAGAUGUUCCCAAGCAUGUGUGUCGAGGUGAUUCUCAUCCGGCGGUUUGCACCCUUUUGGCCGAUUGCCAGCAACCGUAUUCGAACCACGGACCAAUUGGAGUUGGGUGGUGGUUGGGUAUUUGGGCUUAUACUCCAACUCGUCCACACACAUGGCGGCGGGGGGAUGUGGUUUUUGGCUUACUUGUACCCUUCGGCGGACCGAUGUUGAGGGAGGAGGGGGGAUGAGUGAAUGCAUCCUUCACUCGUUGCCUCAGCUACUGUCCUAGCAAUCAUCGUCCACUCCCACCCCCACCCCUGCCACUCUGGUCAAUGGGUAUGCAUGCUAUGUGUCG